CACACCCACAUACCCCACACACCACACACCACACACCACACACCACACACCAAAAUCUGAACACUUCUCUGGCCUAACAAACCCUUCCAGAAAUACUCCAUACCCGCAAAUAACCACAGUCCACCUCAUCUCACUUCCCUUUUCUCUAAAUCCCCCAAGUCGUUCUAGCCCAUCCACAUCCAUUGAUUGAUUGAUUGAUUGAUUGAUUGCAUUGCAACACACGACAGACAGUCAGUCAGUCAGUCAAUUCACAAUAACGAAUUCCUCUGGAAAUUUGCAUGUCAUAAUAUUUUCAAGUUUCUUCUCGCCAUCAACAGAACAGAUUUAUUUCUUUUAUGUUGACGGCAGAAACUCCUCAAAAUAAUCAUAGACACGUUGAGGUUAUCGCAAAAGUGUUUCUUCUAUCUUCGAGGACACCCAAGGUCCAAGUCGCUCGUUAUUAGAAAAAGUAUCAUCGCUUUUUAUGAGAAAGGAAUAGCGACUCUGCCAAAGGAAUUCCCCCUUGGAAUCAUUUCGAUUCGAGAUUCCAUUAUACACUCUAUUCCAAUUACUUUUUGUAAUAUUAUCAAUUAAUCCAGAUACGGCACACACUGGGUAGUGUCCUCUUCUUUUAACGGCCUGGGGUCGACAUAAAUUCCCCCUAUCUAUCUCGAAAUUUUGUCUACGAACGGAUCCUCAACUAUCUCAACCACAACCACCAUGAGUUUCGUUCAGAGGGUGAUGAAGCGCAUGCCUUCAUCAACACAAUUACCAUUGGAUGAUGUGAAGGAGAAGCCAAAAACCACAUCUAGAUUGGCGUUUUUCAGGCGGCCGCUUCGAUUAAAGGGCAAUUCCAGCAUUUCGAUACCACUCGGCGUAGUUCUAUUAUUUCCAUGUAUUGUCGUUGUAUUGAUUUUGGUGCUUUUUGUUCGCCAUCCUAAAUCGGGUGUGGGAAUUUUAAUGCCAGCUGGAGCACCACCAGCUAUCAGGAGGAUCAGUGAACAACAUGAUAAGGUCUUCGUGACGGGAUGCGCGGAGCCCGAUACCAGUCAACCAAGAGCCAAUGCAGCAUUCGUUGUGCUAGCAAGAAAUAAGGAAUUGGAGGGAGUCAUUCAAUCAGUGAAAUCAAUCGAAAGGCAUUUCAAUCGAUGGUAUCAUUACCCCUACGUUUUCCUCAACGAUCAAGAAUUCAACUCGACAUUCAAGGAAGUUAUUCAAAACUAUACCAGUGCGCCAUGUGAAUUUGGAACCAUCGACCCUAAGCAUUGGGGAUUCCCAGAAUGGAUUGAUCCCAAGGUUGCCAAAGAGGGUAUUGCAAAACAAGGUGAUGCUGCAAUUAUGUAUGGUGGUAUGGAAAGUUACCAUUCCAUGUGCAGAUUUUAUUCAGGAUUCUUUUACAAACAUGAGCUUCUGGCUAAAUAUGAGUGGUACUGGCGACUGGAACCAGAAAUUAAGUAUUUCUGUGAUAUUACAUAUGAUCCUUUCCUUAAGAUGAUCGACUCGAAUAAGACUUAUGGUUUCACUAUUGCCGUUAAGGAAUUGAAGGAAACGGUUCCAAAUAUCUUCCGUUACGCAUCUGCAUAUAAACGAGUCAAUAACAUUACAUCUCAAGGUCUAUGGGAAAUGUUCGUCGAGCCUCCUCCUGAGGAGCCCAAAGAGGUCCCUGAAGAUGAUCCAGCUUAUAAAAGACCAUUACCUGAGGAAAUUCUUCGAGGCGAUCCAUCUCGCGCAUCUUUGCCAGAAAUUGAUCCAGAAGCUAUGGAAGGAGAAAAGUACAACAUGUGUCAUUUCUGGUCGAAUUUCGAAAUUGCUAGACUUAGUUGGUUCAGAAGUAAGGAAUAUGAAGACUUCUUCCAAAUGAUGGAUCGCAGUGGUGGAUUUUGGAUGGAGAGAUGGGGUGAUGCACCCAUCCAUUCUUUAGCCGCUGGUGCUCUCCUCGCCCCUCGCGAUAUUCAUUACUUUCGUGAUUUUGGCUAUAGACAUACAACUAUUCAACAUUGCCCAGCAAACGCACCCGCACGUCAAAGAGCGCGCGAACCUUAUCUUGAAAAGACAACAUUAGACGAGAAGAAACGAAAGGAAGAAGAUGAAUACUGGGACAAUUGGGAUCCAGUCAAGGAAAAUGGAGUUGGAUGUAGAUGUAGAUGCGACACGGAUAUUGUGGAUGUAGAAGGCAAACAAGGAAGUUGUUUGGCAGAAUGGGUAGAUGUUGCAGGAGGUUGGGCUAGUCCUUGAGAAGAUUAAUCGAGGGGUGAACGAUAGGAUAGGAUGUAUUGAGGAAACCAUGUCAUGUCAUGAAUGAUAUU